UACCAUUGUCAAUGUCGUGAAGUCCAAGAUGCUCUGCUUCCAGGCAAGAACUCACUCUCGGUGUCACCUCCAUCAUGGAGCCCAUUGGAGAAUUGAUUUAGCCUCUAACUGGAAAAGGAGCUCGAAGAAGGAACUCCCCUCCCUGGUCUUCCCAGUUGGCUUUCUGUCCUUCUGUGAGGAGGAUCCACUUGGAGCAUGCAGCAGGACGGGAUCAGCGGUGUGAAUCAGCUGGGAGGGCUCUUUGUGAAUGGCCGGCCCCUGCCCCUGGACACUCGGCAGCAGAUCGUGCAGCUAGCAGUCUGUGGGAUGCGACCCUGCGACAUCUCACGGAGGUUAAAGGUAUCUAAUGGCUGUGUGAGCAAGAUCCUAGGGCGGUACUACCGCACAGGUGUCUUGGAGCCCAAGGGUAUUGGGGGAAGCAAGCCACGGCUGGCCACACCCCCUGUGGUGGCCCGAAUCGCUCAGCUGAAGGGUGAGCAUCCAGCCCUCUUUGCCUGGGAGAUCCAACGUCAGCUUUGUGUUGAAGGACUUUGCACCCAGGACAAGACCCCCAGUGUCUCCUCCAUCAACCGAGUCCUGCGAGUGCUACAGGAGGACCAGAGACUGACCUGGGCACAGUCCAGGGCACCAGCUGUUUUGGCUCCAGGUCCUCCUCCUCCCCAUAGCAGCUCCGAGGUUCCCCGGGGCCCUCAUCCGGGAACUGGCCAUCGGAAUCGGACUAUCUUCUCCCCAGGCCAAGCUGAGGCACUGGAGAAAGAAUUCCAGCGUGGGCAAUAUCCAGAUUCUGAGGCCCGUGGAAAGCUGGCUGCUGCCACCUCUCUGCCUGAGGACACGGUAAGGGUCUGGUUUUCCAACAGAAGGGCCAAAUGGCGCCGGCAAGAAAAGCUCAAGUGGGAAAUGCAGCUACCAGGUACUAUUCAGAGUCCAGCUGUACCAACGGUGUCCCCAGGGAUCAUCUCUGCACAGCAGUCUCCUGUCAGUGUGCCCACAGCACUCCUGCCCAUCCUGGAACCAUUGGGUCCUUCCUGCUAUCAGCUGAGCUGGGGGACAACACCAGACAGCUGUCUGAGUAACACCUCACCCCAAGCCUGUGUCAAGCCUUGCUGGGAUUGUCCCUCCUUCUUCCUUCCUGUGGUCUCUCCCUCGUCUGCCGACCUUGCCUGGCCCUGCCUAGCUGCCCGUCCUGUACGUGACUUGGUCAGAGGGCCUGGAGAAGCAGUAUCUACAUCUACCCACUUCUCACACUGGCCUUAA